AUGGUUGCCGCCAGCCUUGCCAAUUCCGGUUGGCUCACUCUCGCUGGCACUGCACUGAGUGGCCUGGGCUCCACCCUUAGUGGCCUCAGCACACUGUACGGCCUCUCCUCGCAAGUGCCGCACUCCCUCGCCGAUGUGGCCGCCGGUGGGGCGGCGGUCAUCGGUGCGGCCGGGGCCAAGGCUCACCUGGGCGCGCUCAUGGGCGCGAACGCCUUCAGCCUCAGCACUGUCAGCGUUGGGGCGGGCUGCAUCUACGCUUCUUUGGGAGUCAUGCAUUUUCUUCGAACCCUGGCCAAGCUCAGCGGUGAGAAGCCGCCACUGCACGCACCCCUUGCCGGCCAGGCAGAUGCCUCCUUCCCUUUGCCACGCUGGCUUUCCUGGCGCGUGCUCAACUGGGCCGUCAUUGGCCGCUGCGGCGCCGGGAAGUCGACGCUGAUCAACUCCCUGAGGGGGCUCAAACCUCGGAGUCCGGGCUCCGCCCCAGUGGGCAGCGCCCCGAAGCCUAGCGAACCCAAGGCAUACAUGUUCCAGGGCGACCUGGCGCGCUUCACGCGCAUGGCAAGGCUAUGGGACCUACCUGGUGCCGGCACCAAACAAUGGCCAUGCGCGAGCUACGUGCGAGAUGCAGGUCUACGCCACUUCGAUGGAGUUCUUAUCGUCACCUCGGGCCCUGCGAGUGAGUUCGAGGAGAGCCUCUUGAAAGAGCUGAUGGAGUUUGAUGUCCCAUGCUACCUUGUGCGCAACAAGGUGGACCAGGACGUCAUGAACAAUGCCCAGGACAACGAGAUGUCGACGGAGGAGACACUGAGAGUCUUGCGGCGAGAGCUUGCGACGAGCUGCGCCCCCACGCGCACUUUCCUGGUCUCUGCGAAGCACCCAGACUGCGCCAAGUUCGACUUCCAGACCCUCCUGCACGCUAUGGCAGACGACGUGGCUGCUCAAAGGGCCGAGGUCCCAGAGCUCCCUGACCAGUUAUCAGCCGUAGUUAGCUCCGUAAUGGACAUCGUGCCGUUCACAACGGCCGCGGGCAACAACGGUGACGGUGGUAUUGGUGGUAGACAGGAGCAGGAAGCGAACCAGUACUUCUUGCAUUUGUUGCACGAGAAUACUCAGGUGAACUUGUUCUUGAAUGACCCCCGCAUUCAAAGUGCCUUGGAGCUUCGCGCGGAACAAAGACAUCGAUUUGUAUUGGACAACGUGUACGCCGAAGCCAAUGCAUACAUUGCAACAGCGGAUGCGAAUCAUCGUCAACAGCUAGCAUUUGUGAGCCAAUCCACACACCUGUUGGUGGGACAGCUACACAACGAAGUACGAGUGCUAGAGACAAUCGCCCGAGCAGAACGACAAUCAGCCAAUGAGCUGCAGGCACAGCUGGCACGCGCACAAAGGGAAAGUCAUGAUGAAAGGUCUAUGGCCAUGCAGUUUGAUGCACAUCGGUCCGAGCUGGAAGCAGCAGCGCGCACGCUCACUGCGGAAAACAGACAGCAUGAACGCCGUUUCGCGGAAUUGCGCUCGAGUAUCGAAGAAAACCACAGUGAGAUGAUUGCCUUUUUAGGGUCUGAGUUUGAGGAAAAGCUUCAAUGGGAAGAGAAUGAGUACUACCAUAGGCUAACCUCUGAGGCACAGCAGUACGAUAGCUUGGUUGACGACCUGCAGGACAGGAAUGCGGAGCUUAUAGCUGAGGUCGACUCACUCAGGACUGUCUUGUCGACAGCGGAGAGUAGCCCACCGCAAGGUGGUGCCGUGCCGGUGAAAGUCGAUCCCAGUGAGAGCUCCAAGCUUCAACCAAGCCCACCGCAAGGUGGUGCCGCAGCGACAAGCCCUGCUACGCUUUCCAGCGUGGGAAGUGCCCACGAGGUGAUAAGUGGAGGUAAAGGCGGUAAAGGUGGGGAGAAGAAGGACACCUCCAAGAUUCCUUGCAUCUUUUUCCCCAAAGGCACCUGCAAGAACGGUAAGAAUUGCCCAUUCAUGCACAAGGAUGCCGCUCCCUCUGUCCCGGCCAAAGGCGAUAAGGCUGGCAAGGACGGGAAGAGAUCGCCCUCCGGCAAGCGCAGGCGACCCAGUAAGAAAAGGCCAAAGAGUGAGGACAAGCCAGCCGCAUGCUGUCUCUCCCUCACAGCCACCCUCACGGGUGAGUCAUCGGCCGAUGCUGGGAAAGCCUACGCACUAGCAGCCCGCAAGGGCCCUGCCGGAAAGCCCCGAAGCAGAAAGGUCCAGUUCCUAAGGCCAGAAAUCAUUGACAUCCCGCCUGAAGGUGAAGGUUGGAGCUUCGUACCAGACAAGCACAAGUACGAAUUCAGGUACAAGUCUGCGGAGCUAUGCCCACCAUCAAUUCCAGAGGACACCGAAGAAGCUUUGCAGAAUGCCCGUGUCGGGGUAGAGAAGGAUUCUGCACUCACUGCAAAGAAGCAAUUCCCCUGCCCCAACUUGCUGCAGCGGACCAUUGAUGGCAUGCUUAGCGGCUUAGCGGCAAAGUCCUCAGAAUCUGAUGGCAGCAAGGUUGCACCGACCUCUGUCAAGUCUGGUCCAGCUGGCGCGGCAGAAGAUCCCAUCGAAAAGAUGGCGAAUUGCAUUCCUCCCAUUCCUGGGGUGGAAACGAGGUAUAGAAUCCGGACUAGUUGGGGAUUCAAGGAUGACGUGUGGUCUUUGUUGGAGGAUUCAGUCAACAUUGACGAAUUGGACGGAAUCUAUGGGGAAGCGCAAGCCGACAGCGAUGUCGAGCCAUACACAAUGCCAAAGUCUAAGAAGAACGAACAACUUAGCGAAGACCUGGAUGAAAUGUUCCCAGAGCUAUUUGGUCCUGAUCGUGAUAAAGAUCCUCCGCCGAAGGACGCGAAAGAAGCCACCCGCAAGGGUGAGUCAAAGUCUGAUUCCCGUGCAGCAUUGCUUGAUGAUGUUCCGUUCUCUGUGAAGCAGAAGCUGAAGUCCAGCGCAGCAGUAGCAGCGCAAGAACCACCGUAUGGUUAUGCAUGGAGUGGGGAAUGUUUGGUCAAAAAGAACAACAAGAACCGCCCUGACGCUAUUGAUCAUACUGCAUGGAAGUCUAUGUCGAAAAGACAAAGAGCAACAGCAAUUGCAGAACAUGAGAAGAAGCUACAUGAGGAGAAUGAGGCACUGUACCGUGAAGCUGUAAAGGUGGAUUGGUGGGACGGCGAAACCUACUUCGACCUCGCAGGCCGGGAACAGUCUGAUUUCGAGCUGGCAGUUGCAGCUGCCCGCAAGGGCAAGCCGGUUGGGCAUUUCAAGCUACUGAAUGUUGGUACAGCCGAACAAGUGGCGGAUGUAUUCACGAAGCCUUUCACUGAAAAGAACAAGUGGACGCAUGCCUUGAAGCUUAUUGGACAUACAACCAGCGCGAACGUAGCCGGGUGCAAACCCGAGUCGAAGGUCGAGUUUGACAACAAGGUUUCGGUAGCAGCAGCUCCGGAUGCAUCAAAGGUUGUCGAGGACUUCGCUAAACAAUCGUUCGAGGCUAACGAUUACAGCUUCAAGACCUUCGAGAAGCUAGCCCGCAUCCACACGGAUAAGUACAACCAGAAAGAAUCGUACAACCUGACGUUCUCCUUCGGUAACUAUACAGGGGGGAUGGCAGCCAUCGUUGUGAGCGACGAGUUCUGCAGGGUCAACACCUCCGAAGCAGACAGGGCUGGAGUUACCAAGGCCAUGAAAACCAUUCUCCAAUCCGCCGCCCUCAACAACGAUAUCAUUUCGCUAGGCGCCGAUCAUGAGAGCCAGCUCUUGGAGUCGGCGUACAGCUGCGUAUCCACACAAUGCGCGGCUGGGGUAUCCUUGACCCAUGCCGACGCAACCUGUGUGGCUCUGCGCCAGAUGGCUGACCUCAGUGACGAGGGACUCGCCAAGUUGAAGCCAACCGCAAGGUUGAGCCCCAAGGCCAAGCGAGCCAUCAUAGUCGUGUCAGACAGCUCCACCGCACUUUGCAAGAAGAACAGACGGGGAGUGUUCGUCAAGGCCGACUUGGAUGCGGAAGUGAACAUCGCAAGCAUGACGCUGGGAUGGGCACAGACUCGCUACACCAUGUGUUGGGGCAAAACCUUGGCGUGGAUUGUCUGGCAGGUCGAGGAGCAUGUGAAAGAGCUUCGGACCAACUAUCCGGACCACACCAUCGACGUGAUCUGCUGGUGGUGCGGGAACGAGAUCUCCGGCCAGUCGGGCUGCAUCCCCACGCGGCUAGGACCGGGACUCGCCUAUAGAGAUCCCAAUGUCACAACGGAGACCGUCGCCCGGAAAGUGAGAAGGGCAGCGGAUGUUUUAGCCGCCCUCGCGGGCGAGCCGGACAUUGGUUUUGUGAAGGUGAUUGGGCAGGUGGAGGCGGACUUGUUCCAACUCCACUCAGCCUACAACGACUUCAAUGCCGCAAUGUUCGAAGAGUUCAGGCAGCGCGGUCUGCAAGUGCAAACCGCGAGCUCCUUGGUCGAAAAGCUGGAAAUGUAUGACAGCUUUCACGCCAGUGAAGACCCUCGCAACCGCGAGUUAUUCCAGACCUACUUGCAUGCCACUUUCAAUGCAAGCAGGAGCGAAUGGCUUGCCCAGAAGAUGACACCCUGUGUCAGGGCUUUGCUUGUUCGCUAUGAGCACUUUGAGACUGGCUCCGGUGCCAACAAUCCGGUGCUCCAGGAUGUCUUCAAGCAGUGGCGUGCGGAGAAGGACCAGCUGGCAAAGCCAAUGCCGGUCACCCAGGAGGACAAGAUGUGGGAAGCCCCAGAUGCCGCUGACGCAACGGACGUCACCAAGAUCUCCGAGGGGCCACCCAUGGAUAAAGCCAUCCGCAAGGAUGUGCCAAGGAUCGGUGCAACCACUGAUGUUAGUGCUGUUGCGGAGUGCGUCAAUGACAUUGUCACCCAGGACGCAGACGGUAAGGUAUCCUACAAUACCCCGGGCACGGUGGAACUGGUGGAUGAGGGCGACCAAGUCGACCCCAUCCCAUCAUCGAUUGGACGUGUCAUUGAGCCAGCGCCUCCCAAGAAGACUAAGAAGUCUGACCGCGAUGAGGACGCCAUGCGAAGGCUCAUGUUCAUUGAUGAAAGCGCCCCGCAAGGGGCUGCCACUGUGCCAGAGCUUCCGAAUGAGUACUUCUACAACGGUAAGAAGCACUUGAUGAAGCCUUUCAAUCCGGAGGACAUUGUGGGAGACAGGCACGUGACGUUCAAACACGGUGACCUGAAGUUCCUCACCAAGCUGCUACGUGGCCAUGAAAUGGACGACUUCCCUGCAUUGAUCUUUGACCGUGGGUGCUGGGCAGACGUUGACACUCUGCUCCAGGUCUUCAACACGGCACGGAACGCACGCUGGGGUGUGAGGCAGCUGCUACGCGCAGCGAAAGCCGAUAACAAGGGACGGAUCAGGCUUUUGGGCAUUGAUGUCCCCAUGAAGGACACCCUGGGUCAGCCGCUAUUCCCUGUACGGGUAAGGAUGGCCCAAGGGCACAACUCCAAGCUCAUCGGCAAUAACCCGGACGCGGACUUCUUCCUCGCGACCAGGUUCUACAGCGGAUUGUCCGAGUACGAGGCCGACCUGCAGAGCAGCGUCAGGGGGGUCACCGUACUCUCCCGUGAGGAUACCCCCCCGAAACUCUUCCACCGCACGAAUGAAAAGGGGAUGAAGGGGAUCCUCCGCGAUGGCAUGAUCGCCGGUUCCGCAAGGUCAGACAGGUCCCACAACUACCUGUCCCCGUACAAGUUGGACGACACCCACUACAAGAGUGGAAUGCGCUCCAACCAGCCGAUCGAGCUGACGAUAGACACGCAGCGAGCAAUCGUCGCUGGAUGCGUCUUCUUCGUCACGGAGACCGAUGGCGUCCUCACACGGGACAAUGUGCCGCCCGAUUGCGUGCUGUCCGCCGUCGACACCAGCAAGAAGAACCUCCCGCUCUAUGUCGCCGAGCACAAAGAAGCCGCCCGCGAGGGUGAGCCAGAGCGCAUUUUCCGCGCCAAGCGCGACUACGAGGAGGCCGCAGCAGCAAGCUCAUCAUCGGCACCGCCUCCAAAACAGGCGGCUAUCGCUCCCAAAGCGAUUGCUUCAAAGAAGAUGCCGAAGGUGGUUCCCAAGCCCGCCGCAAUCGCCGAAAAAGACGAAAGCAUGGACUUGGAUGAAGCCACCCGCGAGGGUGAGCCUGCUGAUGAUGCUGGUGCAUUCGACCUUGACGAAACCAAGGUUGAGGUUGAGGUUGAAGUCGACGAAGGCGAUACAACGGAUGCGGGUGAGGAUGAGCCAUACCCACUUGGAUCACACCCAUGCCGUGAGUGCGCAGCAGUCGUCGCCAGUGGCAUGCUGUUCUGCCUCCGGUGCAAGGCUCCCCAGACGGAUGACUCUAAGAAGAUCACGAAGCGAGUCUUUGAGAAUUCGAGACUUCGCCAGCGCCUUCUUGCCACCGCUGCAACCGGAGCUCAGAAGCCCAUCGAUGAUCUCCUUGCGAGUGACCUUCGAGGCCUGGGCGAGGGACCAAAGAAGCGUGGUCAGAUGAGCGCAGAGGCUGCCGCCAUUCGUGACGCCAAAGACCGAAAGAUCAGGGCCGCCAAGUUGAACUUUGACACCGUGUCCGACCGCUUCGAGAAGGACGCGCAGUUCAACGUGAGGAUGACGCAAGAGGGCCGCAACUUCGAGGACAUGCAGAAAUUCGAUCACCUGUCGAACGCUGUGCUUCCCGAUCCAGGACGCAGCGAGGAGCAGCGCUACUUGCGUGCCGGCUCCCAUUAUGGUGGUGGCAAUGUCCCGCCAGCGAAGUUGGUCUAUUAUGCCCACUGCGAAGUGGAGCCGUUGAGGAACUUGCGGUUUAUCGAUGAUACCGCGGAUGUCCCCAUCGGCUUGACCUACCUCGGUGCAUUCCUCCCUCCGCGACUCUAUGCUGAGGUGGCAGCAGUGAAUGAUGCUGCGAAAAGGAUCCUGACUUUCGACGGCGAGGUCUACGUGUCGGCUACCACAACUGAAGGCAUCACAACUGAGAUCGGACAGAUUCUUACCGAUAGCCUCCGUAGUGCUCAGAACCAGACAGACCAAACGGAACGUUUGGCAGAGCGCAAUCGCCAGGCCGCAGUCCAGAACCGCCCAUCCCAAAAGGGACGUGGUCGCACGACAGCACCUGAGCCAAUGUACAGAGGCUAUACUCAGGCCCAGUGGGACGAGUACUAUCGCCAGCGUCGUGGAGGUUACACUCAGGCCGAGUGGGAUGCAUGGAACCGCACCCAUAGGCGCUGA